UACUUUAUAUUUUGUUUUUUAACCUAGUUGCUAGGCAAAAAAGAUAAACUGAUAAGAUUGCUUUGCAUAGUUAGCUUUAAGAACGAUCUUCAUAUUCAGGAGCUUUGAUAAAAUGUUCAAUUAGCAAUCUUAAUUCAUAGUAAUGGGGGCGAAGGAGAGAGUUCUUCAAUUGUUAAACACAAUUUCAAACGCAUCUUGUCGUUGUCCUGCACAUUCUCAUUCAAAUGCAAUAUUUCUUAGAGGUAAUCAUGGUAUUCCUAAACCCACAGCUGGAAAAGAAUAUGCGUUUGAAAUGACAUGCUCAAGUGUCCGAUAUGGGCCUGGUGUUACUCAAGAAAUCGGAAUGGAUUUAUUCAACUUAAAUGCAAAAAAAGUUUUACUAGUAACAGAUUCCCAAGUUGGCGUCUUGCCACCCAUGUUUGCUACCUUGGAUUCCUUACAUAAGUAUGGAAUACACUAUGAAGUCUUUGAUAAGGUUCGAAUUGAACCUACAAAUAGUAGCUUUGAAGAAGCUAUAGCAUUUGCAAAGAAAAAGGAAUAUGAUGCUUUUGUUGCUAUUGGAGGUGGCUCAGUGAUUGACACCUGCAAAGCCGCAAAUUUAUAUUCAAGCGAUCCUGAAGCCGAGUUUCUAGAUUAUGUGAAUGCUCCAAUUGGGAAGGGGAAACCCGUGGCAUGUGCUUUGAAACCAUUAAUAGCAGUACCGACAACUGCUGGUACAGGAAGUGAAACAACAGGUGUUGCCAUAUUUGAUCACAUACCUUUAAAAACUAAAACAGGUAUAGCACAUAGAGCAUUAAGACCAACUUUAGGUAUAAUUGAUCCAUUGCAUACUAUGCAUAUGCCGAGUAGAGUUGCUGCCUAUUCUGGAUUUGAUGUUCUUUGUCAUGCUCUUGAGUCCUAUACUGCUAUUCCUUUUAAUGAAAGAACGCCAAAACCUGCAAACCCAAUCCUUCGUCCCGCGUACCAAGGUAGCAACCCAAUCAGUGAUAUAUGGUCUUUAAAAGCUCUGAAAACAAUUGAGAAGUAUUUCAAACGAGCAGUCAAAAAUUCUGAUGACUAUGAAGCAAGAUCAGAAAUGCAUUUAGCAAGUACUUUUGCUGGAAUUGGAUUUGGGAAUGCUGGAGUACAUUUAUGCCAUGGUAUGUCAUAUCCAAUAUCUGGCUUAGUGAAAAAUUACAAAGCACAAGAAUAUAACUGUGAUCAUCCUAUAAUUCCUCAUGGGUUAUCAGUUGUGAUUACUGCUCCAGCUGUUUUUCGAUUUACAUCAAAGGCUUGCCCAGAACGCCACUUGCUUGCUUCCGAGAUGUUGGGUAAAGACAUUAAAAAUGCCAAAAAGGAAGAUGCUGGUUUAAUUCUAGCUGACACAGUUCGUGAUUUUAUGAACGAUUUAGGCAUUGAAAAUGGACUGAAAGGAUUGGGCUUUACAUCUGAAGAUAUUCCAUCGCUGGUAGAAGGCACCCUUCCUCAGCAUCGAGUAACCAAAUUGGCACCUCGAGGGCAAAGUGAAGAAGAACUGAGUCAGCUGUUUGAAGAGUCACUAACAGUGUAUUAGGUUAACAAAAGAAUAUCCAGAAUAAAAAAGAAUCAAUUUAUUAUUAAUCAAAAAUUUUAUACAUGUUUUUGAAGAUGGCAUUUAUGAGUUUCAUUCACUAAAAAGUCAAUAAAUAAAGUUUAAAAAGAUGAAACUCAUAAACUGUCUCACCUUUAUAUCAAAAUUAGGUUUUCAAUCUGUGUUUAAAAUUUGUAAGCAUUUGCUCACUUUUUGAAUAAAAUAAUUUUAUCCGUU